UCCCGUCGCAGAAUUUGACCAUCGGGGAUGCGAUGGUGGUGGCUUCUGAUGUGAUGGCGUCGAACGGCAUCGUCCACGUCAUCGACCGGAUGGUGCAGCCGUCACGCAACAUUCAGAAUCUCCCCGAUCUCCACACGCGGCUCGGACAGAUGCCUCAAUACAGCACGUUCCAGGAGCUCCUCACGGAGUACGAGCUGAUCGGGCGGGUCGAGCGGUCCGAGGCCUACACAGUGUUCGCUCCCAGCCAGGAGGCCAUGGACCAGUUCCGCAAAGAGCGACCCACGCACCCGAAUGACGAGCAGGUGAUGUACCACGUGAUCCUGGGAGAGAAGCUGAUGUCACGUGACCUGCGGCCCGGCAUGCACCGCCCCACCAUGCUGGGCACCUCCUACCAGCUGGGGUUCUUCUCGCACGACGGGCAGGCACGGCGCUGCACUCGGAGAGCACGCAGACGAUGA